AUGUCCAACGACUUCAAUAGAAGACCGAACCCCAAAGGUUGGGUUCCACCGAAGGCUCCAUAUAAUCCCUACGAUGCCACCGAUGUGAGACCCCCUGAGGGAUAUCCUUCAGAAUUCAAGGUUCCCGGUCAAGCACCAGAAGGUUUCUCAUCAAUUCCAAAGAGUCCAACACAAUACAAAAAGGUCAACGAGACCAUGAAAAGACUCAACUAUAUGCCAAGGCCACAAUCUUCGAUAUACCCUGGUCAGUACAUGGUUCUAAGAAAAGUUGACACAAAUCAGCGUCUCAAUACUGGAACUCGUUGGUUUGGAAGUUUCUUAACCGGCUCCAUUAUUUUCUACUUCACAUUUUUCUAUCGCUGGAAUGAUGGAAGUGAAAAUGUUAUGUCAGAGUUCUAUCGUUACAGACUUCUGAUUAAAGAAAAAUUAGUUGGACUCUCUGACCAAGAGUUUGAUGAUUUGUAUCAUCCUAAGAGCGCUAACAUUGUGCUCAAAAACGUGCGUGAUGCCGAUUACAUACCUGAGGGCAUUCGUAAAACUAAGGAAGGUGAAUUCGCUUUGAAUAGACCUUCAGAAAGACACGUCUUGGAGGCACAAAGAAUGCAGCAACAGAGAGAAGAGGAAAUGUUGAGAGAGCUCGAUACACAUAGACAGUAUGCCAAGGAGCUCAUGAGUGAAAUGGAAGGCGAGAGAAAGAAGAAAAAAUGGUACUUUUUCUAG